AUCUCCCGAGCGAGUCUAGUGCCAAAGCUCCGUCGCAGCAACUAAGUGAUUCACCCUUCAAGCUUUAAUUUCUGCAUAAAAGGUGGUUACUUAAUUCUGUCAAGUUGACCAACGAGGAAACACCCCGCCAAGCGACAAACCUACACCACACCCCCUCACCACACCCCCUCCAACGACACCCGUUCCCGGCGGCCUGGUACCAACCGCUGAAAUAUCGACAACACAUUAUCCAGAUGUUCCGUGUCGCCUUCACAUCAUGAAUCCCGUCGACGUCCUCUUGUCUGAGCAUCGUCUUGGGGGUGCCACGGAUCCAUGGUUUUACCUUCAGACGGCGCUCUGCGCCUUGGGAUUGUAUCUCGCGCAGAGCUUCAUCGCCGGCAUGGUCAGGAAAUCCAAAUACAAACUCCCCCCACGUGUCCCUGGCGUUCCGAUUUUCGGGAACUCUUUUCAGCCUCCCGCAACUCAGCAAGGUCCAUGGGCAAAGAAGCUCGCAGAGAAAUAUGGCGAGAUUACUUGGGUGUUUCUCAACUCCUCCCGCGUCGUUAAUGAUCUCAUGGAGCGUCGAGCGGCAAUUUACUGCUCACGACCCCAGUUUCCCAUGGCCCAAGGUAUUAUUUCACGUGAUGCCCGAAUCCUGCUCAUGCCGUACAAUGAUCAGUGGCGCCAGUUGAGGAAGAUCAUGCACAACAUCCUGAGUACGCGACAAAAGGACGUCUUCCGGCCUUUCCAGGAUCUAGAAUCCAAGCAUCUUCUUUACGAUUACCUGCACAAACCAGAGAAGUGGUAUGUUGCUAAUGGCCGAUUUGCCAACUCGGUCAUCAUGAGCGUCGUUUUCGGAAGACGAUCGGACAUGGAUAACCCGAACAUGAGAGAACUCUUCGAGACAAUCGACGUCUUCUUUGAAGAGCAACAGCCGGGAGUCAAUUUGGUGGAUGCAUUCCCGGUCUUGACCAAGCUGCCAAAGUUUAUGCAGUGGUGGCGUGGCCGAGGCGAAAGAAUUUUCGAAAUGACCAGGCGGGUCUACAAGAGAGAGGUGGAUCUCGUCAUUGAAAACAUGGGAAACGGAACCCAAAAGGAUUGUUUUGCCGUCGACUUCCUGCGCACGAUUGACGAGGGACAGCUCAAGUUUGAUGAGACACAGAAACUAUUCGCCAUGGGGACCCUCAUGGAGGCUGGCAGCGACACCUCGAGAGUCACCAUCGGCCAGAUCAUAGCUGGCGCGGCGACAUAUCCAGACUGGGUCCAGAGGGCAAGAGCACAGCUCGAUGCUGUCUGCGGUCAUAAUGCCGAGCGACUUCCUUCAUGGGAGGAUCGAGAUCAGGGACGGCUUCCGUAUAUCAGUGCUGUGGUGAAAGAAGGGUUCCGCUGGAGACCCAACAUUGCGGAAAUUGGAACACCAACAAUGCUGAUCAAGGAUGAUGAGUACGAGGGUUACAAAUUCCCUGCUGGAACAGUGUUUACUUGGAACGCCUGGGCAAUUGCUCUUAGCCCAGACGAGUACAAAGAGCCUGAGCGAUUUAACCCUGACAGGUUUCUUGACGAGAAUCUUCUGAAUCCUCUGAAAGGGCACUUUGGGUUUGGACCAGGACGACGAGUUUGUGUAGGCUGGAGCGUUGGCGAAAUGAAUGUUUGGAUUGCCAUCGCACGACUUCUCUACUGUUUCGAUUUCGAAGAAGACAAGGCCCAUCCAAUCGACACCAUGACGAUCCCUCAGAUCACCCAUGGCAAGGCGCCAUUUGCAGUAAAGAUCAAGCCUAGGAGCCCACAACACGCAGCUCUCAUUGAAAGAGAGUGUGUAGAGGCGGUGCACACCAAGUACUAG